AUGGACGCUCUAAACCAAACAAGAGUGACUGAGUUUGUCUUCUUGGGACUCACUGAUAACUGGGUGCUGGAAAUACUAUUUUUCAUGGCAUUCUCAGUCACAUAUGUGCUAACCCUUUUGGGGAACAUUCUCAUCCUGGUUACCAUAGUCUUUACUCCACGUCUCCAUACCCCCAUGUAUUUCUUCCUGAGCAAUCUGUCCUUUAUUGACAUCUGCCACUCAUCUGUCACCAUGCCCAAGAUGCUAGAAGGUUUGCUUUUAGAGAAAAAGACCAUUUCUUUUGACAACUGCAUUGCACAGCUCUUCUUCCUACAUCUGUUUGCCUGUGCUGAGAUCUUUCUCCUGACCAUUAUGGCCUAUGAUCGUUAUGUAGCCAUCUGCACCCCAUUACACUACCCCAAUGUGAUGAACAUGAGGGUCUGCGUACAGCUUGUUUUUGCUCUCUGGUUGGGGGGUACAGUUCACUCACUGGUGCAGACUUUCCUGACCACUCGUCUACCUUACUGUGGCCCCAACAUUAUUGAUAGCUAUUUCUGUGAUGUACCUCCUGUCAUCAAGCUGGCCUGCACAGAUACAUACCUCACAGGAAUGCUGAUUGUGUCCAAUAGUGGAACUAUCUCCCUCACCUGUUUCCUGGCUUUGAUCGCCUCCUACACGGUCAUCCUGGUUUCUCUUAGAAAACAGUCAGCUGAAGGGCGCCAGAAAGCCCUGUCUACCUGCUCAGCCCACUUCAUGGUGGUUGCCCUCUUCUUUGGACCUUGUAUUUUCAUCUACACUCGGCCAGAUACCAGCUUCUCCAUUGACAAGGUGGUGUCUGUCUUCUACACGGUGGUCACCCCUUUGCUGAAUCCCCUCAUUUACACCCUGAGGAAUGAAGAGGUAAAAUGUGCCAUAAAGCAGCUCAGACGGAGACAAGUUUUUUCAUGA